AUGAGAAUGCUUCUGGAAGUCGAUCUUGACGACAUUCCAGACUUUAAAGAAAUGAAAAACCAGCGCAUCGAAUGUCCUUUCCCAGAUUGUCCAGACGAUGAGGUUAAGUACAGUCACUGUCGAAGCUACCUCUGUAUGCAUUUUCGAACGGAUCAUGACACUGACCACGAAGUUGAAGACAUGUUUUUUCAUACAAAGGAAAACUACGAGGCGUGGCUGGCGGAAAGACUGGAAGAAACUGGAACAAGUUUGAAAAUUCGGAGUUCGUCCGAGAAUGGAGGAAGAAGAACAAUCCAUAUGACUUGCAUUCAUGAAGGAAGUUACGAGCCUAAAAAAGAUGGGGAGAAGCGUGGCCACAAGAGUAAAAAGCAAACAGGGGACAUGGUCUGCACUGCUUUUCUGAAGAGUGUAACUGCGAACGGAGAGAUCAAUGUUCAGGCCUGCUUUCAACACUUUGGACAUGAAAUCAAUGUGGCAGACCUCAAAUUGACCUCAACUCAGAAAAACGUUCUUGCCGAGUUGGCAAGUAAGGGACUGAGUAAUCCAGCUAUUGUUGAAGAAGCUAAAAAGUCUUCAAACGAAUUUUCAAAAUUGUUCUGCCUUCUGCCACAAGAUAUUCGAAACUUGAAAGAUUCUUUGGGGCUAAAUCAAGAACAACUGGACAAAGUCGAUCUAGAAUCUGUGAAAAAGAGGGUUCAACUGGAGGAUCCAGCUGACGGUUUUCGGCACUUCACUCUACCUGAUGAAAACGGGAUGAACUUUUUACUUGUUAUCAUCACGCCAGGUCACUUGGAGAACCUACGGAAAUACUCUCAUAAAAUUAUCAUUUUGGAUGACACACAUAAUGUUACUAUGUACGGGCUGAAACUUACGACAAUUACGGUUGUCGAUAACAACGACAGAGGAGAGCCAGCAGGUUUCUUACUCUCUAGUUCAACAACUUCAGCCGAAGUAGCUGUAUUCUUCCAAAAAGUCAAAGAACUUUACCCAGAAUUUAGACCCGCAUUCUUCAUGUCAGAUGAAGCCAAUUGCUUCUGGAAUGGAUUUUCAGCUGUUUUCGAUAGUACACACACAAAGAAAGUAUUGUGUAGGUGGCACUUAUUGAGAUCAUGGUGUAAAAAAGCAAAGGAAUUAAUGAUGUCUGAUAAGGACCUUCUUGAUAAGACAACAAGAGCACUACGAGAACUGAUUCGUGAGCCAAGACAGGAUCGUCUCAUUCACAGAAUUCUCUCUCUUCUGACGGAGCUGGACGAAUCAGGGAACGCUAAAGCUAAACAGUUUUCCGAUUAUUUUAUGAAAUAUCAAUACAACAGAAUUGGUCAAUGGUCGACAACGUCUCGAGCAAACAUCGCAUGCCACACAUCGAUGUUUGCUGAAUCGUGGCAUUCGGUUUUAAAAGGACAAAUGGGAAAGAAGAGAAGAAUUAGAUGUGAUAAACUUAUUGCAGUGCUUUUGUCAACAUCAGACAUGGUCGCACAUCGAAAAUCUGUCCAAUCGAAAAGGAGUAUGUAUUCUGGUUGUUCAAGGAAAGGUCAGAAUCACCAGAAAUGUCGUCAGUUCAAAAAUGAGGAGAAAAAGUAUUUGUUCAUUCAAAAGGAAGAUGGAUCCUACAAUGUCAGAAUGGAAGGAGAUAACAAGGAAUACACAGUGACAGACUUCCUCAACUGUUUUUGUGACAAAAAGGAAAACACACAUUGUGAGGAAUGUCACGCCUGCGCCUAUCGAUGUCACUGUGACUGCCUCUUCAGCACUGCUGGAGUGGCUUGUAAGCACAUUCACGGGGUACUUAGCUACAUCGCAAAAUGUAUCAGACAAGAGGAACUGACCGGCGAGAACUUUGUUAGCUGUUGAAGAAGACGUCCCUUUCCAAUUCGUUGUUUCUCCUGUCGCUCCACGAAUCACUGAAAUUCAAAAUUUUUAUGAAGAGAAAAGAGCACAUGAAGAAGUAAUGAAUGCGGAUGCGCUCGAGAAGGAAAUUGAGAGCAUUAAAAAUAUGAUGGCUUUGGUAAACACUAAUCUCAGGAAACAGUUGAGAGAAGGGGCAGAAGAGCUCCCGGGAAACGUGGUGAAAGUCAAAAACUUUUUGAAAGAGUAUCUCGCAGAGUCUUCUACACCUACCCUCGUCGAGCGAGCGGAUUCGAGAGAUCAACCACUAACGGCAAGACAGUCUAUGCAUAUGGAAUCUACUCUCAAGGUUCGUGAAAAAACAAAAAGGCGAGGCGUGGAAUCAUCUAAUGUCAAGUUGCUACCGAAAAGAAGACUUGAAAGAUGCAGUAUUUGUGCAGCGCAAGAUCCUAUGUUGCACCCUGACACUGAUCCCCAAGAAUUUGAGAGCCGAGUGACGGACUGGAAAAGAUGCGUCAUUUGUAAGAGUCCUGCACAUAUUUCAUGCGCCUUGGUGAGCAAGAAAUGUCCAUGUUCACUCGAUUCAUCCUUUGAACUCUUCCCCAAAAACUACUUGGAUGACCUCGACUCGGAUGAAUUUUCAGAGUGAAA